AAUUUUUCACAGAGCUGAAAGCGAAAGAAUUAACACAACAAUUACAGAAAAAAGGAAGAAAUUUCACAAAUUUCUCUAGUUAAUGGCGUUAUUUACUUCUUCUUCUUCAUCUUCAAUAGCUGGUUCCCUUUCUCAUCCACAAUCUUCCCCAAAACUCAAAGCUCAUCCGAUUGGUUCAUUUCGUCCAUUGGAUCGAUCAUUGAAACAUCAUUCUGCUUCAACCAGGAGACACUGUUCAGUAACCCCGGUUCUUGCCGAGUUAAAACGGAAUGAUUCACUUGUUCCAAAUGCAGCAACCAUGGUUGCACCUGUGGUUGAGAAGGUAGAAACAACAGAAGAUUAUAAGGAAUUGGCCAGACAACUUGUGCAAGCUUCUCCUCUUGAGAUUAUGGAUAAAGCACUUGAGAAAUUCGGAAACGAUAUCGGGAUAGCAUUUAGUGGAGCAGAAGAUGUUGCAUUGAUUGAGUAUGCACGAUUAACAGGAAGACCCUUCAGGGUAUUUAGUCUCGACACUGGGAGGUUAAACUUGGAAACCUACAAAUUCUUUGACGCAGUCGAGAAACACUAUGGCAUCCAUAUAGAGUACAUGUUUCCAGAUGCUGUUGAAGUACAAGGUCUAGUUAGAACAAACGGAUUGUUCUCUUUCUAUGAAGAUGGACACCAAGAAUGUUGUAGAAUCAGAAAGGUUAGACCUUUAAGAAGGGCACUUAAGGGUCUCCGUGCUUGGAUCACUGGGCAAAGAAAAGACCAAUCUCCAGGAACUAGAGCUGAAAUCCCUGUUGUUCAGGUUGAUCCAACAUUUGAAGGACUGGAAGGUGGGGUCGGCAGUUUGAUCAAGUGGAACCCGGUGGCUAAUGUAAAUGGGGGAGACAUUUGGAAUUUCCUCCGUGCCAUGAACGUUCCUGUGAACGCAUUGCACUUGCAGGGUUAUGUUUCAAUUGGUUGUGAACCGUGUACUAGACCUGUGUUGCCUGGACAGCAUGAAAGAGAGGGCAGGUGGUGGUGGGAAGAUGCAAAGGCUAAAGAGUGUGGUCUCCACAAAGGCAACAUCCGACAACAAGAAGGUGUUCACCUUAACGGCAAUAAUGGAAAUGUUAAUGAAGCUGUCAAUAACACCAGUGGAGAUGCUGCUGCCGACAUCUUCAGUUCAGAAAGCAUAGUGAGUCUAAGCAGAGUGGGGAUUGAAAACUUGGCUAAGCUUGGGAACAGAAGAGAGCCAUGGCUUGUCGUUCUGUAUGCACCUUGGUGCCGGUUCUGUCAGGCAAUGGAAGAGUCAUACAUUGAUUUAGCAGAGAAAUUGAAUGGAUCAGGUGUAAAGGUAGGAAAGUUUAGGGCAGAUGGAGAACACAAGUCAUACGCUCAAAAGAAGUUGCAGAUGGGUAGCUUCCCUACCAUACUCUUCUUCCCUACUCACUCUUCUCAGCCUAUCAAAUACCCAUCUGAGAAAAGAGAUGCUGAUUCUUUGAUGGCUUUUGUCAGUGCUUUGAGAUAAAUUCUCUGUAACAGUGAACUCUACUUAUUUAUAGAAUCUGGUAAAUGUGUAAGAUAAGUCACCAGUGUAUAUGUUUUGGUUAGGCAAGCAAUGUCAUUAAUUAUCACCUUUCCUGUUUGGCCA